AGAUUACGAAAUCUGCUCCCCCUAACUUUGGGGGCUGCGCGCUACCUAAAUGAGCCCUCAAAAUGUCACGAAAAGGCUCAGCGUGCUUCCAGGAAUGCUGCUAAGCGGGUGCUGGCUCUUCAGGUUGCACUCGUCCAUGCUGAGAAGGGGAAAGAGCGGCCGGCCUCCACGUUCGGCCUGGAGCGAAAUGCGCCACGGGGUGGAUUGCGUCACAGUGAUGUCGACGUCUGCUGAAGGAGAAGAAGAAUGGGAAAGCCAAACAACAACAACAACAACAACGCAGCUCAGUGGCGCCGAUCCCGAGCCCGAGACGGAUCAGCCGGCGACUUCCCGGAUGGCCCCCGCGCCGACGGAAGCGGCGGCGCCGUCCAGCCCCGCGCCGGUGCUUGGCGAGUCUUUCUGCCAGUGCGCCUGGGCGGACGAGCCGAACGCGGCCUUCGGAACGGGCGCCGACUGCCUCUGCGGAGAAGACGACGACGACGACUUGGACUGGGUUUGGGACGAGCACGCCAAGUCCUCCGGCGCCGUCCUCAGCUGCGACGACCGCAAGGUGAGCUUCCACUCGGACUACAGCUGCGGCACGGCCGCCGUCCGCGGCGCCAGAGAGCUCGCCGAGGGACAACACUUCUGGGAAGUCAAGAUGACCUCGCCCGUCUACGGAACCGACAUGAUGGUCGGCAUCGGAACCGCGGAGGUGAACCUGGAGAAAUUCAAGUAUAACUUUGGCAGCCUGUUGGGUCACGACGAAGACAGCUGGGGGCUCUCCUACACAGGUCUCCUGCAACACAAAGGUGAGAAAGUGAGCUUCUCGCCCCGGUUUGGUCAAGGCUCCAUCAUCGGACUGCACUUGGACACCUGGCACGGUACCUUGACCAUCUACAAGAAUCGACGCUGCGUAGGUGUCGCCGCCACUCGGCUGCAGAACAAGAAGCUGUACCCCAUGUUGUGCUCCACGGCGGCCAAGAGCAGCAUGAAGGUGAUCCGCGCCUGCUACGCGCCCACCUCCCUGCAGUACCUGUGCUGCGCCCGCUUCCGGCGGAUGCUCCCCUCCUGCCCGGACGUACUGAGCGCGCUGGAGCUGCCCGCGGGCCUGCUCGCCCUCCUGCGCCGCCGGCUGGGCUGGGUGUUCUCCGUCACGCGGGCCGAGGGGGACGCCGGCCGCCCGUCCGGCCCCGUCGUCCUCGGCGCCCGUGACUCGCCCGCGCCGCUCUCGGAACCUUGUUUUGAGUCACCGCGCGGCCCCCCGACACCCCUCGGCGGCGGCGACGACGAUGAAAGCUCAGAGCCGGAAGACUAUCGGAGGAAAAGAUGCCGCUGGACAUGACGCGUGCGACUCCCGUCGGUAAGUCUGCGGCAAAUGUUCAGUUGUUGCUGU